CCCAUUUGCUAAAAUAUUCGGAGAGAUUUUCAAUUUUCAUAAGCUUAGAAGAGUGGACAGAGAGAGAGAGAGAUGAAGAGAGGUUCAGGCGGUGGAAGACGAAGCACUCGCCGGAGUUCAGCUGCCGCGCUUCUCGAAACGCCACCCCGAGUGGCGUCUCCUCCUUCUCCGAACCAAUCUCCUCCCAAAUCGACGCUUCUCAACAACAGCAACAAGCGCGCCAAGAAGAUGACAGCUGUCAGAGCUUCUUCCAUCAUCGGAUCUCCAUCUCCGGCAGCAGCCUCUAAGCCGCUCGCCGACGUCAACGGCCUGGCUUCGAUUCCCGAUCUGAAGAACCUCGCCUCCUCGCGCCUCCAGGAUCUCAAGCAACACAUCGAUCGCUCUCACACCGAGAUCCUCAAGGAUUGCGAUUCCGCUCAUUCUCGACUCCACAAGCGCUUUAAGAUUCAGACUCAAGCAUGUCAGCAAAUGUUGGAUGAAGCAGACAAGGAAUACAAGAAGAUGACCCAAAGGACUACUGAAAGUCGGGAAGCAAUGAUGGCUUCUUAUGCAGAGUUCAUGGCAGAUGCACAGGCCUCGGCUUCUCGUGCUUGCAAAACAUCCAUCGCUGAGUUGUCACAGUCCUUUGAGAAAGCAAUUGAUGCUCUUAACAUCCGUUAUGGGAUUUCAUCAAAGUAGCUAUUAUGUCUCUGUCUCAUAUGUUCACCAGAAAGUUUAGGGAUGCAUAGUGGGGGAGAAUGGGAGAUAGUAGUGGACUGGGGGAUUCAGAGGGAUCUACAAUUAGCUGAUAGUAUGAUAUGAGUUUGUUAAUAUGAUAGGCUAACCAUGUUGAAACUGCGUUCUUUCUCUUACCAUGAUGAAAUCGUAGUCCAAUUGUUGCAACACUGUUUCAGAACAGUGCUUAGACAUAGAUAAGAAAAUCAUAUAUAUCUAGAUCAUCACUCAAUUAUGUAACUAGUACAUUUGCCUA